GGAUACAUGUUUAGAAAAAAGUCCUGUCUCUUAACAUGAGGUGCACUUGUUUUGGAAAGUGAUUGGCCAAGCGCACUGCGGUGGCCCCGCCCCAUGGCCGGCGGCGCCGCCUGAUUGGUCGCCACCGUCGCCUGUCUCGGGGACAUCAGGGGAGGCACGAGCUGGCCCGUAAGCCUGCGCUCGCGAGUCCUCAGUGUCGGACACGUAGUGGGAACGAGCAGGUCCCGAUGCGCAAGUCGCGGCAACCCUCGGCGGAGAUGAAGGCGGACUCCGACUGGCUCUGAGUUUUAACUGCCCGUUUCAUUCAGGAGCUCGGUCGCCAGCGGUUAUCAAUAUGGCAGAGCCGUUAUCCCAAGCGCCCGCUGCUGCUGCAAAAAUGGCGUCACUGAACCGGGUCCGAGCUUUAGCGAUGAUUUUCUUAACUGUCACGGGCUGUUGUGUCGCCCCGACAAGUGGCAAGGAAGGUUCCGAGGAGACCACCGUCAUCAUCGGGCUGCGACUGGAGGACACGGACGACAUUUCCUUCAUGGACAGGGGCUACCUGCGCGUGAGUGAGCGCUCCCGGGUCAAACUGCGGGUGUACGGCCAGAACAUCAACAACGAGACCUGGUCCAAGAUCGCCUUCACGGAGCACGAGCGGAGCCGGAGCGUUGACAGCUCCUCGGGGGAUAACCAGAGUCAGGAGGAGCCGUCCGGCUCGCAUCCCUGCGGCAUUAGGACUUCAGAUAUCAUCAUAUUGCCUAACAUCAUACUGAACCGAAAGACGUCGGGAAUAGUUGAGAUCGAAGUCAAACCUCUGCGAAAGACGGAGAGGAGUAAAUCGUAUUACCUUUGCAUCGCCACCUCCACGCCGGCCGUGGCCGGGAUGCACGACCCGUGGACGGAGAACACUUGGAUCUACCACGACGGGGAUGACACCAAAGUGAUAGUGGUGGAGGAGAAAAAGUUUCUGCUGCCGUUCUGGCUCCAGGUCAUCUUCAUCUCCAUGCUGCUGUGUCUGUCGGGCAUGUUCAGCGGCUUGAACCUGGGGCUCAUGGCCCUGGACCCCAUGGAGCUGCAGAUCGUCCAGAACUGCGGCACGGAGAGGGAGAAGACCUACGCUAAAAAGAUCGAACCGGUGCGGAGCCAGGGGAAUUACUUGCUUUGCUCGCUGCUGCUCGGGAACGUGCUGGUGAACACCACGCUCACCAUCCUGCUGGAUGACAUCGCAGGUUCGGGCUUGAUCGCGGUGGUCAUGUCCACCAUUGGAAUAGUGAUUUUCGGUGAGAUCGUGCCGCAGGCCAUCUGCUCCAGACACGGCCUGGCCGUCGGUGCCAACACCAUCCUCCUCACCAAGUUCUUCAUGCUGCUCACCUUCCCCGCGUCCUACCCGGUGAGCAAGCUCCUGGACUACCUGCUCGGACAGGAGAUAGGGACAGUCUACAACCGGGAGAAGCUUCUGGAGAUGCUGCGCGUCACGGACCCGUACAACGACCUGGUGAAGGAGGAGCUGAACAUAAUCCAGGGCGCGCUGGAGCUAAGGACUAAGACCGUGGAGGACGUGAUGACGCCGCUGAGAGAUUGCUUCAUGAUCCCGGGCGAUGGCACCCUCGACUUCAACACCAUGUCCGAGAUCAUGAAGAGCGGCUACACGCGCAUCCCGGUCUACGAGGGCGAGCGGUCCAACAUAGUGGACCUGCUCUUCGUCAAGGACCUGGCCUUUGUGGACCCGGAUGAUUGCACGCCGCUCAAAACCAUCACUAAGUUUUACAGCCACCCGCUGCACUUUGUGUUCAAUGACACCAAGCUGGACGCGAUGCUGGAGGAGUUCAAGAAAGGAAAAUCUCACCUGGCCAUAGUUCAGCGGGUGAACAAUGAGGGGGAAGGAGACCCUUUCUAUGAGGUCCUGGGUAUCGUCACCCUGGAGGACGUAAUUGAGGAAAUCAUCAAGUCGGAGAUCCUGGAUGAGACUGACCUAUAUACUGACAACAAGACGAAGAAGAAAAUCACCCAUCGGGAAAGGAAGCAGGAUUUCUCGGCCUUCAAGCCUACCGACAAUGAAAUGAAGGUUAAAAUAUCACCUCAGCUUCUGCUGGCUACCCUGCGUUUCCUAGCAACAGAGGUGGAUCCUUUUGCACCUGUGCAAAUGUCAGAGAAGAUCCUGCUGCGCUUGCUGAAGCAUCCCAACGUCAUCCAGGAGCUGAAAUACGACGAUAAGAACAAGCGGGCGGCUGAGCACUACCUCUUCCACAGGAACAAGCCUGUGGAUUAUUUCAUCCUCAUUCUGCAGGGGAGAGUGGAGGUGGAAGCAGGUAAAGAGGGGAUGAAGUUUGAAGCGGGACCGUUCUCCUUCUAUGGGAUGAUGUCGCUGACAGCAUCACCAGUCCCUCUGUCCCUGUCUCGUACGUUUGUGGUCAGUAGAACUGAAUCAUUAGCAGGAUCUCCAGAAAAUAAAUCUCCUCCGCGGCCUUUUGGACUCAACCACUCCGAUUCUCUGAACAGGAGCGAUCGCAUCGACGCCAUCACUCCGACGCUGGGCAGCAGCAACAACCAGCUCAACUCCUUCCUGCAGAUCUACGUACCUGACUACUCUGUCAGAGCACGCUCAGACCUGCAGUUUAUAAAGGUAACACGCCAACAGUACCAGAAUGCCGUCAUGGCGUCGCGGAUGGACAAGACGCCACAAUCCACAGACGGCGAGUUCACCAAGAUCGAGCUCACGCUGACGGAGCUCCACGACGGCGUGGAGCCGCCGGCCGUCGUCACCACCACGACCUGCACGGCGAGCACCGUCCCGGCCGUGUCCAUAGCUGUGUCCAAUGAGACAUCCCACCUGCUAACCCCGCAGCAGAACUGUGUGAGCCUCAGCAGGAGCAACCACAGUGCCCACAACGAGGGACCCAUUUAGCCCCCGGCGAGCCCGGUGGAGACGCAGGCCCUCCACCUUGUCUCGUGGACACACACACAGAGCGAUGAGGGAACGUGGGGCGAGUGGAAGCAGGUGGAAAAAAGGGUUUUCCUGUUCCGGCCAGUAGCCCCGUCAGUCAGUCAGCCAGUCAGUCAGUCAGUCAGUCAGUCAGUCAGUCAGUCAGUCAGUCAGUCAGUGAGACCCUUUCACGGAGGGGGUAGUGGGGGAGGACGGGUGCUGCGUCACCCUGAAUGCAUCCCACCACCCGUAUGCUGUCAGAAUCCCUGCUGUACCACACUCUCCUACAGAGGCCGCACUCUGACAGAACCUGUGACUGAGCUUCUUUUCUGGGACAAUCUGACACUUUCUUAGCAGUGACUUGGACGAGAGGAUGACUGAGUGCAUGCAAACCCCCGUCCCUUAACCCCACACACACACACACACACACACACACACACAUACACAUCAACAAUGCACAUGCACACUCGGGCUGUCACUUUUUAUCUAAAAUGUUGGAUAUUAAUUUGAACGUGGGGAAUCCUGUUAGAGUACGUAAUCACCGUCUGGUCCAGCAGAGGGCACUGUGAGCACAGCAUAGCCUCAGGUCCACUUAAGUUUUCCUUAGAUCAGGGAAAAAGAGAGGGAUGUUUUGUUGUUUUUUUGCCUCCUGAGCAGACAAUCACGACACCAAAGCAUCUGAAAAGCAGCAACGUGGAAACGUUUCAGGUUCUGGGAAAAAUCUGCAGACUCGCAUGUGAGUGAGGCAGAGGAGGCAGCACAAGCAGUGUUCAACCUCAACCUCAUCGUAUCGAUAAAGUUGUCUGAAGAUCUGCAAUAGGCGAGGUACAGAGGGCCUCAUAUAGAGAGACAAACAACCAUUCACUCUCACAACUACAGUCAAUUUAGAGUGUCCAAUUUAACUAAUCCCCAUACUGCAUGUUUUUGGACUGUGGGAGGAAACCGGAGAACCCGGAGAAACCCCCCCCCCCACACACACACACACACACACACACACACACAGAGGGAGAACAUGCAAACUCCAUGCAGCAAGGCCCUUGUUCUGACCGGGUCGCGAACCCCCAGGUCUCCUUGCUGCAAAGGCAAGAGUGCUAACCACUACACCGAGCGUGUGGCCCCUCCUUCAAACUUGUUUUUUGGAAAAAGUACAGUCCUAAUGCACACACACACACACACACACACACACACACACUCAACUUUCACUCUACUUUCUCCUCAGGCCAAAGACUUUGGUCCCACUUCUUUACACUGGACACAAACUGUUCUUUUUGCACGUAUUUGAGCACACUUAUUACAUUUCUAAACACACACACACACACACACACACAAAUGCAGCUCCACCAUCCGUGCAUCUUUCAGGGAGGCUCAGUCAACUUUUUGAUCCCAUCAGCGAGGACUCAAACCCAAACAGCGCAGAGAGCAGCGGUUCGUCAAAGACUGCACCAAAAACCGCUUUGAAAGAAACCGUUUAAGAAGAAGAAAAAAAAAAACCACGAACCAAGAAUGUUUUCCUGUAUUUAUUUAUUUUAUAAUAUUUUCUGUAUAUAUGUACGCGUGGAGACGUUGAUACGGCGUUGAAAAACUGGCACACGAGCAUGCUCGCGCUCGUGUCGUAUCAAAAAACAAAACAAGGACAUGCUACAUACACGAGUAUAUAUAUGUGGAGAUGAACAUCCAUUCAUGUAUAUGAGGAGGUGAGGGUCUUUUACAGAUACAGUAUGUAUAUUACAGAUCUUGUUAUUUUUACUAUUAUCCUAAAUCAGGCUUAUAUGGUAAACUAUCUUUUUCACCUUUAAGAAAAGUAGAAAAACGAAAAAAAAAAAAAAAAAAUCACACUAUUGCCUUUUAAAGAGAAAUCAUAUAAUUAAUUAUCUUAACAAGUGCAAUGAAGCCGCAAUUUAUUUAAAAAGAGAUGAUUUAUGAGUAAGAGGAGAAAAUCACUGUAUUAUAAAAAUUGACCGAUAUAUUUGUAUGUAUGUACUGUAUGUAUAUGUAUAUUUGUUUUUGAAGAAUGCUAAACUGCAGCCAUCCACAAGCAAAAAGUGUCUUUAGCUGGUCUGUUUCUCUCUUUUGUCUCUCAUGUGUUUGCAUCUGAUGACCUCAAACAUGUCUACUGUCAUAUACUACGUUCAUGCGAGAGGAGGGGGUUUGAUCUUUCG